CCAGCCAGCCCCGCCCCGCUGCCGUGACGUCACUUCCGCCUCGUGUGGCCCGCUCUUCCGGGCGCCGCACACUGCUUCCGUCUCCGCGUUUCCACGGCGACGCGGCGCCCCGGCUUUCUCCGGUCCUGUUGGUUCAGUGGGACCCGUUGGCAUCCAGAGAUGUCAACCCCACCUCUGGCCGGGGCAGGGAUGCCUCCCGGUGCAUUCUCAGGAACGCAGGCUCAGGCAGCUAGGGAGGUCAAUACAGCAUCUCUGUGCCGUAUCGGCCAGGAGACCGUGCAGGACAUUGUGUUUCGAACCAUGGAAAUCUUCCAGUUACUGAGGAACAUGCAGUUGCCAAAUGGUGUAACUUAUCAUACUGGAACAUAUCAAGACAGACUGGGAAAACUACAGGAGCAUCUCCGUCAGCUAUCAAUACUCUUCAGAAAACUGAGAUUAGUCUAUGACAAAUGUAAUGAAAACUGUGCUGGACUCGAUCCUAUUCCCAUAGAACAACUUAUUCCAUAUGUUGAAGAAGAUGGCUCCAAGCAUGAUGAUCGUGGUGCUGCUAGUCAGCUUCGUUUUGCUAGCGAAGAGAGAAGGGAAAUCAUGGAAGUAAAUAAGGGUCAUAGAAUGGCUUUGGAAGGAAUGAUGAAGAUCAUCUAGGUCCAACCUCCUGCCAUGGACAGGGCUGCCAUUCACUAGGGUCAGGCUGCCCAGGGCCCCAUCCAGCCUGGUCCUGAAUGCUUCCAUGGGUGGUAUAUUCACAACUUCUUUGGGCAGCCUGUGCCAGUGCCUCACUAUUCUCUGAGUUAAGAAUUUCUUCCAAACAUCUAACCUAUUUUUUUCCCUUUUUAAUUUAAAGUGACUCCCCCUUGUUCUGUCACUAUUAGGCCACGUAAAAGUCAGGCUCCCUCCUGCUUGUGAGCUCCUUUAAAAUACUGGAAGGCUGGAGUGAGGUCUCCUAAUAGCCUUCUCCAAACUAAGCAAGCCCAGCUCCCUCAACCCUUUUUCAUAGUACAGGUGCUCCAGCCCCUUUGUGAUCUGGCUGGAUGGGGCUUUGAGCAGUGUGGUCUAGUGGGAGGCGUCCCUGCCUGUAGCAGGGGAGCUGGAACUAGAUGAACCAGUGCCUUCCAACCCACUCUAUGAUUUGUAGCCCUCCUCUGGGCUCACUCCUACAACUCUGCAUCCUUCCUGUGCUGGGAGCCCCAAGCUUGAACGCAGUACUCCAGGUACCAGUAUUUGCUUUCCAGUUGGAAAUUGGUGAGGAAUUUCACUCUUUUUCUGUAAUAAAUAGUUUACUGUUCCAGUAUCAAUGUAGUAUUUGCACUGUUUUGCUAGUAGAAUUCCUGUUAGUUUUUAGUGAAUAUAAUUACAAAUGGCAAAUGGCAAUUUAGCUGCUAUUGCAAAUUUUUUCUCUAUUUCCUUCAUAUUUUUUUUUUUAUAGUCUGUAUAUAAUAUUAUACCUACAGGUUUCUUGCCUUCACAAUACAGCAUCAUCUGUAAUAUUUUUGAGAUGUCAGGCUCAAGUUUUGUAGUAUAUUUGAUAGGAGAGACAGCAGAAAAUAUCAAAUCACAGACUGAGAAUGUUGUAAUCUGUGUUGCUGCAUUAUGGACAGUCUUUUUUUACUGCUUGUUUUUAGAAAUGGAGCAAAUGCAGCUUUGGGCUUUUUUAGAUUCUGCAGGUGGCCCCUUUGAAAAUAAUUACACUAGAUAUUUUUAAUUAAUCUUUGCUAACUGGCUAACCAUGGUCUUGCUAGGAGUGGGAAAGACAAUCUGCAACCUUUUGAGUUAAGUUGCUACGAAUUUACCUCAGGGCUUUUUUGAUAAUGAAACCCUUGUGCUCUGGAACCAAUGUUGUUUUGUGGAGUCCUUUCAUAUGACAGCAGUUUGCAACUAUCCUAUCUCUUCAGGGAAGAAUUUUGCCUGAAAACUACUUUUGCCUAUGUAGAAACUUUAUUUCUUUUAAAACUGUCACAGUAUUUGCCUUUAUUUGUAUUUCUUAUUUUGUAGUUGUGGGAUCCUUUUCACCCCAGAUAUGAGUGUGUACCAAAGAACACUUCAGCAAGAGAGGAAGAAUUGUUUCUUUGGACACUGUCUCAGCACAUCAGUCUGCACUGAGCAUGUUUUCCUGCUGUUUUGGGUACCAAAAUGGCUGUCUGCAAGGACAGAGAAUUUAGGCUUAGUGUCUAGUUCAAUCCCUAGGUCAAAGCAGGGCCAACUAUUAUAGAUCCAGUUACUCAGGUGGAUAUCCAGUAGCUUUGUGAAUUUUUGCCUACUGCCCCUCAUCCUUUUGCUGUGCACAUUCAAGAAGAAUCUAGCUUUGUCUUUUCUAUAAUCUUCAUUAGGUAGUUAAUUAGUGUGAAGGAAACGUUAAACCGUUUUAAUGGACACUCUUAUCUCUCUUUGAGCAGCAGAGCAAUGGAUACAUGGCUUUGCUGUAUGGCUCAAUACGUGUAGCGUGUUGAGCAUGGAGUGGAACACAGGCUGUCACUGUUGUCCCUGCUGUUGUCAGGAGCAUGAGCCAUUUUCCUACUCACUGUAAGGCUAGAGAGAGACUGAAAACUCAGUUUCUCAUUUUCAGGAAGGAUAGAACAGGUGUCUGAGAACAAGAUCAGAAAAAGUUGCAGAUAAUGAAUGAUGAAUACAUUAUAUUUAAUUGCCCAGAAGUUAGUGUGUUAACAAUGAGUACUCUUCUAAACCACUUGAAAAAUACAUGAAUAGCCAUAUGUGUGUAUUUAUUAUGAUCGAAAGUGUUCUUUAAUAUAAAUUGAAUGGCCAUAAUUUAGAACAUCACCUGAAAGCUUCAAGAGAGUUGGAGCAAAGUACUGAUUCACUUUUUCCCUUACAGCUUUUUUCUGCCCUUGACACUGUGUUGUGAGUCUUUUGACUACAAAACUGUUUUCCCACCUCCUUGCCUUAGAGAUUUCAUUGUGAAGGGCUCUUUUGAAAAAGGUUUCUGACAAAGCUGGAAUAAACUAUGGCUGGCAUAGUAUUUUUUUGUCAAGCAGAAGAGAUGCCUUUAAAGCACAAACACAUACGUUUGAUGUCUUUACAGGUGUCAGCUGGAAUGUAGUCUUACUCUUCCACAUCAUUAUCUUAGGCUGAAGAAGAAGAGAAUUUUAACAAAUAAAUUAGGUACAGAAUAAUGACUCAUAGUGAUGUUUAGGUUAAAAUCUGAAAGAUAACUGAGCUUAAUAUGAAGAGAGAUGGGAUCAGUGAUUUCACAAAUAAAAGUUUUGAUACAUCUCUGAUAGAAAUUUGCAGAUUAGCCUAGACAGCUUUGAUUUCCAAUGAAAUGAAUGUGAACCAAAACUGAGUUUUAGUCAAAAAUGGAUUUUGGUCAAAGCUGAAUUUACUGAAUCCAAAUCUGUACAAAACACAUCAAGUUCUUUAUUGUGAAUUCCUGGAAAGAUAGGUACUGUCUGGGUGGAUAUUAUGGUUCUCCCUCUUCUUUUCACCUACUGCUUUUUGUGCUUACGUUCAUGUUUUCAAAACUGCUCUACCUGACCUAAGGACUGAGGUCCAUAUUGCUGCUAAAGGGUGUAAUCCUUGUCAACUGCCUCAUGCUGGCACUGGUAUUUGCCAUCAGUCAAAGCGGAGAGGUAAUCACGCUGGAAAUAAGUAUCACUGGAGAAAACCCCUCAGGACUGUUUUUUUGGUCAGAUCACCUUUCUAAUAGGUGAACAGCAGAAACAUGCCUGUCAGAUAUAAGGUGAAUGUGCCUAAGUUACAAACUACCUCAAAUAAGAUAAUUUUUAUGUGCUGUCUUAAAACAGAUAAAGGCAGAAGCUGUAGCAUUUAUGUAGGAUGAAGUGCCUCUUCUUGUUUCAUACAACCAUUAAUCCUGAGAAACAGUCCAGAGAUCAACUAAGUCAUUUCAGGAGAAGGAGGAAAGAGUGGGAGACAACUUUGCGAGCAAUCUGUUCAAAUGAAAAUUUGUCAGCAGUGCAGAAGCUUCUUUCAGAACUUGUAAGUUUCCCAAGAAGGCCAUUUCACCUCCUUCCACGGCAAAGUGGAGAUGUCCUUCAUUGGAUAAGGUUAGAGCCUUAAACGGAGACCAGCACUGCCAGUGCCAGCGUAGGAAGGACAUGCUACUUAUAUGCCAUGAUCCUUGCUAGCAGGCUGUGACAGAUGAUGGUCCGCACUGCAUAGACUGCUAACAAAGAUCUAGCUUUUCAGCUAGGAUGCUGCGCUCUCUGAAGUGGAGCUUUUCCCCUUGCCAUUUAUUCUUUUCUCAGCCUUGCAAUCCAGAGACGGUGCUUCACCUUAGAUGUUUUUUCUGACUCUGCAAGAAGUAGAAUAGAAGAGCUAAGGAAAUAAAGCACCAAAGAAAAGGACUUAGUUAUCUUCAGAUAGAUAUAAUAAAAAAUAUAUUACUCACCUCUUUACAGACACUUUGAAAUCAAAUGAAAUCCAGUUCAGGGGUUCACUUGUCUAGCGUAAAAAUCCUGUUUCAUAAUAGUUGCACAAGAAAUGAAAAUUAUUGUCUUAUAGAAUGAAUCUUUUGAAUGUAACUUAUGCAAAGUUCAUACAGGCAUAUCUACAGAAGAGCAUGUAACAGUACAGUUAAAAAGGGAUGGAGAGAAAACAGUCUGCAGCACCAGAGGUUAAUGGUUCUUCUUUGUCUAACACGUAAUCAUCACUGACUGCUCAGCCUUCAUUUCUGUUGGUGAAGGCUUUGGAAAAUAAUGAACUGAUGUGCCCUCGGUAUCAGUGAGUGACAGUUUGCAUUAAGCUAGUUGUUUGGAUGUUACAUUUCUUGAUUUCUCUGAGAUUAAAUGUUGAGGGUGGGAAAUGGAAAUGCGUUUUUAAAUGCCACAGGUAUGAACGUGCUUGUUUAUCUCAUCCCUUGUAGUCUGUAAAGCAUCGAAUUCUUAUGUCAUUAUGUUUUGCAGGGAAGCAAAAUUAUGUCAUUUAAGUAUUGUCAUAGUUACAUUCUUCUCUCAGUUCUCCCUCUUUUGGAAAGGAAUCUUUGCUCUAUAUGGUGCAGUUUUCAAUUAGCAAAUGGAAAAAGAUUAGAGAAAUGCACGUUGUAACUUAAAAUGGUUUUUAGUCAAUCAAAUGCUUGCUUAGAAUUUCCAAAUCAGUUCCAAACCUACAUCUGUUUCACCUUCUUCUGAGGUGUCAGAAAGGAGUCAGAGUGUGGGCGCUGCUUCCAGGGAACGUGUCCACUGAAAUGUGUUCAGAAAUAUUUCCUUUUCUCAAAGCAGUGUUCUGUGCUACUGUCCAGCUGGACACUUAAAAAAACAUUGGUUUGUUUUUCACCUGAAAAGACAGGGCUCUGAUUUUCAGUAUGCUGCUUCUUUUGUUGCUUCUUUUUGUCACUGUUACAAUUACUUUAGUUACUGAGCUGAGCUGUUCCUUUAAUGUAUUGCUGUUUGUGUAGUACAGAAGAAACAAAGUGAUGUAAAACCUGAGACAUUUUGAAUGGCAGCAAGUCUUUCCUGUGCUUUGGCUUUACUUAGAAAUCUGGGCUUCCCUUAUGAAUUCUAUCUCUGAUGUGAUGAGGCUGACUUUAUAUCAAAUUUGAAUGGAAUGAAGGGCAUGGGCUUGUUGUUAACAAUACACACUAACUUAUUACUUGGCAGCUUUGAUUUGAGCAGGAAAAUGGAUAAAUUGGACAAUAAAUAUGUGUAUUACUGUGAAACAUGAACAGUUAGGAAUAUUCUGCAUUGGCUUAAUGCAUCUUCUGUAGACAUCAUUUUUAAGUUCUGGUUCCUCAGAUGAAAGUGCAUUUUCUACUCUUCUGUCCCUUCAGAUGUUUUUGCAGCAAGUACACAGUUGUAUAGCAUUCAGCAUACUUGGGAGGACAGCAUCACGUAGCUCAUCAGAAUUGACCAAUGUAGGCAGAAGGUUUAGAAAAGCUUGAUUGACUUUGUGGUUUUUCAGACUUUGAUUUUUAAUACCUUGCUUUUCUGAGCACCCAGCUUAUACAGUGCAUAUUAGCAUAAAUUUAGCUGUUCCCUGAGCUCUUCUGGUCUCAAAUUUCACUUCCUUCUCUUUGCAUCAAGUGCUGUCUUUUGGACUUUGGCUAGAGGGCCAAUGGCCACAAGCUUGCUCUUGUUGAAGGGAUCAAGUGUUUUGAUAAAAGAGCGCUGUGAAAAGAAACAGCAUUCCUCUCUAACAAAGGUCUUUAACUUCUGAGUCUUUCUUGUAUUUUAAGAGUGUGCUUUCAAGAAGAUGUAUUAUCUAAUAUUGCUCACAGACAGCUGACAAAAAGAUACAUAUAGCAUUUAAUAACACUAACUUUUCUUGAAAUCCUGAGUGUACUGUUUCAACUGAUGACAAAAAUCUUCUCAUAAAAUCUUC